AUGCCUAGUGAAAUUAUUACAUUACAACUUGGACAAUGUGGCAAUCAGAUUGGUAUGGAGUUUUGGAAACAACUAUGUGCUGAACAUGGAAUCAGUCCUGAAGGCAAACUGGAACCAUUUGCAACAGAAGGUUCUGAUAGAAAAGAUGUCUUUUUCUAUCAGGCUGAUGAUCAACAUUACAUUCCACGUGCUGUUUUACUUGAUCUUGAACCUCGUGUUAUUGAUGGUAUUUUGAAAUCACCAUAUAAACAUUUAUAUAAUCCUGAGAAUGUUUAUAUUUCAAAAGAUGGUGGAGGCGCUGGUAAUAAUUGGGCGCAAGGUUAUCAUCAAGGCGAUAAAUUAUCUGAAGAAAUUUUUGAUAUUAUUGAUCGAGAAGCUGAUAAUGGCGAUUCUCUUGAAGGCUUUGUACUUUGUCAUUCAAUAGCUGGUGGUACUGGCUCAGGAAUGGGUAAUGUUGUCGUUCAACCAUAUAAUUCAAUUUUGACACUCAAACGUUUAACUGAAAAUGCUGACUGUACUGUUGUCUUAGAUAAUACAGCAUUAAAUCGUAUUGCAACAGAACGUCUUAAAAAGACAACGCCAACAUUUGCCGAACUUAAUCAACUAGUAUCAACUAUUAUGUCUGGUAGUACAUCCACACUUCGUUAUCCAGGUUAUAUGAAUAAUGAUUUAAUUAGUCUUAUAUCAUCACUCAUUCCUACGCCUCGUUUACAUUUUCUUAUUUCGGCUUAUACACCACUAACAUCUGAUAAUACAGAAUCUGAAGUACGUAAAACAACUGUUCUCGAUGUAAUGCGUCGUUUAUUACAACCGAAAAAUGUUAUGGUUACAACUGCAUCUCGUGAUAAAAAUAUAACUCAUUGUUAUGUUUCAAUAUUGAAUAUAAUUCAAGGUGAAGUUGAUCCAUCCGAGGUUCAUAAAAGUCUAAUGCGUAUUCGUGAACGAAAAUUAGCAGAAUUUAUUCCAUGGGGUCCAGCGUCAAUACAAGUAGCUUUAUCAAAGAAAUCACCAUAUGUUACGACACAACAUCGUGUUAGUGGAUUAAUGCUUGCUAAUCAUACAGGCAUAUCAUCAUUAUUUGACCGAAUAUGUGAACAUUAUGAUAAAUUAAUAAAACGUGAAGCAUUCGUAGAAAAUUUUCGUCGAUUACCAAUGUUUAAAGAGAAUCUCGAUGAAUUUACUGAUUCACGUGAAGCUGUACAAGGACUUAUGGAUGAAUAUCGUGCAGCAACAAGAAAAGAUUAUAUUAAUUUUGGUAAUUCAGAAACUACUCAAGUUGAAUAA